UUAGUCAAAAUAACUAUGCUCAGCUUUCCAUGGAAAAUCCAUCUAGGUGUUUUGCUCUUUGUACUGAUUGGAGGAGAUCGUCAGGUAUUUACAGCAGAAGCUUAUCCAACUGCAGAAAAAGCCCAAGUAAAGGAUGCUGCACCAACACCUCAGAGCAAUGGCUGGCGAUUAGGAAGUCCCUCCCUGUCCCCUGAGUCUAAAAGACUUGCUGACUUCUCAGAAAUGGAACAACUCAACCGACAUUCACUGCUUCGAAGGAAGAGGUCCAUCAUGUUUCCCAGUGGAGUUAAAAUAUGUCCUGAUGAGACAGUUGAGGAAGCUAUUGCCAACCAUCUAAAAUACUUCAGACUCAGAGUGUGCCAGGAAGCAGUUUGGGAGGUCUUCAAAACAUUUUGGGAUAGACUUCCAGAGCAUGAAGAGUAUCAGAACUGGAUGAGUCUGUGUGAGGAAGGAAGAAUGAGCAUAUUUGAAAUGGGCACCAACUUCAGUCAGUCUGAAGAGCACCGGAGCCUGAUUGUGAAGAAAUUGCCUUCUGCAAAAGAAGCACUGAGUGGUUUGUGCAAAGAUUUGUCUUGUGGCUCUGGAACGCCAACAGCUUCUCCAGCUGAUGAUGCUACCACUUUGAGAGAUGCAGCUGCUAAUGUUCCUGCCCCUCAUGAGGUUUCCAUCGAAAGUCCUUCAGACAGUACCUUCAUCAAGACUGAAGACUUGGACAAUAGUAUCAACAAUGAGAUAAAGAAGGAAGAUGAAAAGCUGGUGAAACCUACACCUGAGCAGAUGAUUGAAUUCAGCAUUAUUAUUUCUGGAGAGAAGUUCAGCGAGGAGCUGAGUGACCCAUCCACUGUACAGCACCAACUACUCUCAGAGCAGUUUACUUCCCAGGUCCAAAAUGCAUAUGAAGGAUUACCUGGGUUCAAGAAUAUCCAUGUGCUAGAAUUCAGGUCUCCACAGGAUGAAAGUGGUGUGGAAGUUUACUAUGCUGCUAUUUUUGAUGGCAAAGCCAUCCUUAAUGCCACCUGGGAUCUAAUUAAUCUUCAGUCCAACAAAGUGGAGGAUGACACCUUCGCGGAGAUAGGCGAUAGCCCAACUGUUGUAUACACGAUCAAUGACUUCCGAGAUUAUAUUGCUGAUAUACUUCAAAAGAAUUCUUUCCUUGAAAACAUCUCUUUGGCUUUGGACCCUGUUUCUCUGCAGCUCAUUAAUGUAAAAGAAAUUCUGUCUCCUGUACCUGAAGAACCAUCUUGGAAUACUGAAAAUCCAAUUGUUCUUGAACCUGCAGAAUUUGAUGUCUUUGGAGAUGAAAAGCGCUAUGAUAAGCCCCUUUUAGCUGAGUGGCCUUCAGCAGAUGAAUCGACUAUCAGCAAUAUCUUGCCACUUGAUUUCACUGAACCAGAUUUCACCCUUGAAGAUGAACAGUCUAAUGGCAAUGCAAUAUGGUUAAGGCCAGAUAACUUGGACCCUGAGAAUAACUUCAAUUCAACACCAAAAAUUCCAAUCAUCUCUGAAGCUGACACUACUUCUUCCCCCGAUGAGCUGGUUUUAGAGGAGACCAGCCAGAUCUCACAUUUAGUCACCCCAUCAACAUUAGAUAGUGGAUUUCCUGUAGACUAUCAUGAAUUCCUUUCUAUCCCUGCAUCUUCAGAUGAUGGUCUUGAAGACAUUGGAGAAUCAGAAGGCUUUCUUUUUCCUUCAAGUCUGGCCCCUCACCUUGUGCCAAAGGAAAUGCCAGCCACAGGUAGUUCUGUGGUUCCUGUAACUUCUGUACCAACCAUGGCCUCUGUAUCAGUGAUAGAACCUAGUACUGAGAGAGAAAAGCAAGAUGAGAUCAAGCUUAUUGAUGUGGACUCCAUAUCCCAUGACCCCCCGAAAAGGGGUCAGUCCCAUUUAGAAGUGAAACCUCUGCAACCCGAUACAUAUCUUGGAGGUAAAAUUAUAUAUGAGGAUGGAUCAGGUUCAGCUUUUGAUGCUUCAGGACAAGGACAAGAGCCAGAAUCAAACAUUUGGCUAUUGGAUGCAGCAACACUAGAGCCAAUUUCUGAUCCUCUUCCUGAUCGCUGGCUUGAUGGUGAUAAUGAAUCUCUGUUAAUCAGAGCUGAGGUUCCUCCUGAAGAACUGAUCAUAGAUUAUAUCAUUAACUCAGUGGAGGAAUUACACAGUCAUUCUACUGAGGAUGAGGAUGAAAGCAUGACUGGUGCAAGAAAGGAAUUAUUUGAUGGCUCUGAAACAAAGACACCCACUUUUUCAGAGGCUACAACUCAGCUGGUGCCUCCAUCAGAGACAGAAGAAGUGCUGGAUGUGGAACUGUUCCUGCAAACAUUUGAGGCUUCAGGCAUGCAUGAUCAUUCAUUUACUGAGCCAUCCCUUGCCGUGAAGCCUUCAGUAGACUAUUUUUCUUUAGACAUGCUUGAUGAAGAGGCCUCUCUCCCACCCCAGGAAAUAGAUUUCUCUUCAGAAGAUCAUUUUGUUACCUCUACAGUGAUAUAUAACUUGGAACAUUCUGAGGACUUCAGUGAGGAUCAUCAAAUCAUUUAUGAAGUAGCAGGAAACCAAAAUGAGGAUGGGGCAAAGUUGGAAGUAGUGUUCACAGUCAGCCACUCAGAUAUAGCUGUUCCAACAGGACAAGCAGACAUGGGUUCUUCACAGACUGGGCCCCCUGAGCCAGAAAUAAUUCAGACAGCUGCUCCUUCUAUGGAAGCAAUAGUCACUGACAUUUCUGUAGAGGAGCAACAAACUCCAGAGUUACUGUGGACAGUAGAGGAAGGUUCUGGAUUAGUUCCCCUGAAACCAUUUGAUACUGAGUUGGUUGACAAUACUGGGAAGGCAUCUGAGCAUGAGUUUCUUGAAUCGCAACAAUCUGAAGCAGCAACUGCCGUUGAAAUCUCAACCAUAGUUCCUUAUUUAUUAGAUGUAACUAUUGGCUCAGAGGCCUUCACUGGGCAGGCCAGUACAGACCAUGAUACUCAAGCCCCUAUUAGCUUUGACACUGAAGUGAGCUUGUUUGCAGCAGUGACUGUAACAAAGAAUCCUAUUGAUCUUCUCUCUGAUUUCCCUACUGCACAGCCUACAAUACUUCAGCCUAUGGCUAGCUCAACAACACAGGGAGAGGACAUGACUACAAGAGUAGGGGACAUUUUUGUGGAGCUGGAUCAUGUGGGCACAAUAUACUACACUCCUGUGGUCAACCAGGAGGAAAGCAGCAUGACUAGCAGUCACAUGGAGCUAUCUACAAAUGCUCAUUCUACUGUGAGAGCCAGUGUCGCUUGGCCCACUCAUGAAAAUCGCAUCAAUACUGCCCCAUCUUCACGAGCUCUAGUGGUGUUCUUUAGCCUACGGGUUACCAACAUGAUGUUUUCAGAGGACCUAUUCAAUAAAAAUUCCCCUGAAUAUAAGGCACUGGAGCAACGGUUUUUAGAACUGCUGGUUCCCUACCUCCAGUCAAAUCUAACAGGCUUCCAGAAUCUUGAAAUCCUAAACUUCAGAAAUGGUAGUAUUGUGGUGAACAGCCGAAUGAAGUUUGCAAAACCUGUGCCUCGUAAUGUCACCAAUGCUGUAUAUAUGAUUCUGGAAGACUUCUGCAAUACUGCCUAUCAGACCAUGAACCUGGCUAUUGACAAGUACUCCCUGGAUGUGGAAUCAGGAGACCAGGCUGAUCCUUGCAAAUUCCAGGCAUGCAAUGAGUUCUCUGAAUGUCUAGUGAAUCGCUGGACUGGGGAGGCAGAGUGUGUCUGUUUUCCUGGCUACCUAAGCAUAGAUGGAUUACCCUGUAACAGCAUCUGUGACCUGCAACCAGACUUUUGCCUCAAUGAUGGGAAGUGUGACAUCAGCCCAGGACACGGAGCCAUAUGUCGAUGUCGUGUGGGAGAGAACUGGUGGUACCGGGGAGAGCAUUGUGAAGAGUUUGUCUCAGAGCCACUGGUUGUGGGUAUUGCAAUUGCUUCAGUGGCUGGAUUCCUUCUUGUGGCAUCUGCUGUCAUCUUCUUCUUAGCCAGGACCCUUCGAGAGCAAUACACAAAAAAUGACAGUGAAGACUCAUUAGGGGGACGUGACAGCCUCUCCUCCCUUGAAAAUGCAGUCAAGUACAACCCCAUGUACGAAAGUGACACUACUGGACAAAGCCAAUACUAUCGCAGAUACCCACAGGUGACAUCCUACAGCUCUACCAGUGGAGACACAUCCACGGAUUACAGCAGUGAAGAGAUAAGGCACAUUUAUGAAAACAGUGAGCUUACUAAGGAGGAAAUUCAGGACAGAAUACGGAUUAUUGAGCUUUAUACGAAAGAUCGGCAGUUUGCAGAGUUUGUUAGGCAACAUCAAAUGUAAGUGAAAUGUCUUUUCUGAAUAAUAUUU